AAUAGUGUUCCAUGCACUGACGUGCUCCCUCUUGAAGGUCAGCAAUAAGAAAAGGCAGUUUAACGAUACAUGUCUAAUUGCUGCUUAUUGAAAAUACUUCAGCGAAUACAUCGGUUGGCUAUCAACACCCAUAUUCGGAAUUGUUCAAACUGAAAACGUAACUCGUGGACAUGCAUUUUGUGUGAGAUUCUUGGUACAGCGCCGAGGCUUUGUCGAACCUUUCCUAAGAUCGUAAUGGCAAACGAGAGCCCCUACGACAACCGGAAUAUAGUGGAAAAAUACAUCUACCACAAACUGUUAAAAAAGGGGUACGUGUGGGAAUUCCACGCGGCCAGAGAAAGCGAUUCCCCGAAUAAUGGAUUAAUGGACAUCUCCCCCUCCGACUCUCAAGUUUUGACACGGCGACCCCAGGCAGGCACGGCGGGAGAGGACGCUUCUCCCUACCCCGGCCGAACCGCGCAGCCGGACCCGCACGCUGCCCUCCACCGCGUUUUGCGCGAGGCGGGGGACGAAAUCGAAAGGAUGUACCAACGGGACUUCGCAGAAAUGUCGAACCAGUUGCAUUUCACGCCCAGCACGGCGCAGCGCAGGUUCACUGCGGUCAUAGAGGAGCUCUUCAGCGACGGCGUGAACUGGGGUCGGAUCGUGGCGUUUUUCGAGUUCGGGGGUACCAUGUGCGUGGAGAGCGUGAACCGCGAGAUGACGUCCCAGGUCGACAACAUUGCACACUGGAUGACAGACUAUCUAAACGGGCCGCUGCAGAACUGGAUCCAGGAGAAUGGUGGCUGGGACGCCUUCAUGGAGCUGUACGGGCAGCAGAGAGGCUCAGUGUUCCACUGCUCUUGGCCGUACAUUAAAACGGUGUUCGGCCUGGCCGCCCUGGGCGCCGCCGGCGUCACCAUCGGAGCCUAUUUCACACAGAAGUGAAGGAGAAGCCCGGGACGUUCUCUACUCUUUCAGAGCGCCUCUCAGAAGAUCACUGCCUACCACAGAGCGCUCGCACACAGGAUCACGCGCACACACACACACACACACACACACACACACACACACACACACAGGACC